UGAUAGUCGCUGGAAGUUGGGACUCUCGUUGAUAGAAACUGGGGUAAAUGUUAGCGUGUUGGUGCGGAGUCACGGUUCCGCGGCUAGGGGGGGAUUAUAUAACCGCAAACAGGGCGUUUAGCUGCUCCUGUCGGCUUCCAGCGGCUCUUCACGCUCCAACUGUCGCAGCUUUCAGGGACACAAAUGGGUGAAAAGGAGGAAAAGAGCCCCGAUGGAGUCAAAUAUUACAGACUGUCAGAGAUCGAGGAGCAGAACUCGUUCAAAUCAACGUGGAUCAUCAUCCACUACAAAGUCUACGAUGUGACCAAGUUUCUGGAGGAGCACCCCGGAGGAGAGGAGGUGCUGAGGGAGCAGGCGGGAGGAAACGCCACCGAGAGCUUCGAGGACGUCGGACACUCCACCGACGCCAGAGAGAUGGCGGCCGACAUGGUGAUCGGAGAGCUGCACCCGGACGACAGACACAAGAUCGCCACAAACGUGGAAACGCUGGUGACCACUUUGCAGGAUGAGUCCAGUUGGUGGUCUAGCUGGUUGAUUCCCGCUCUGGUCGCUGCCAUCAUCACGCUGCUGUACCGCAUCUACACCACAGACAGCGAGUGACAUCAUCAGACACGCAGCUGUGAUGUCAUCAGCAGGCACUACUGUCAGAUGCCCCAUGUUCUGAGUGACAGCUGUACCAGCCAAUGGCGGUGUAGAGUGGCAGCAGAGCAGACGAGUGGCUGCUGCAGACAACGAGCGAUCUGAUUGGUGGAUCAGAAACAGCGGUUCCACGAUCACUGACUCUACGCUGCCUCUCGACUGUCACCGCACUACAAUACCCACGAUUCAUUUCAUGCUGUUUGGCCAACCAAUCACGUGGCAUUAUGUUAAUGAAGUCAUUUGAAAUAUCGAUGUUUUGAGGAAUCUUUGUGAUUUGAAACGUGUAGAAAUGCAGCGGAUGUAUAAUUUGUUGUUUCUUUUUAUAUCUUUGUACCUGAAUGUAAAUGAGUUUAUGAAUAUGCAAUCAGCAGCUAGCAGAGCACCGCGGCGGCGGCGCGCCGCAGUCACGAGACUGUGCUCGGAUCCUUAACGCAGAUUAUCAAAACAUGAAAUGUUGAUUAUGUCUUGAACACGUAUGAAGUUUUAACAGCCGGGCUCGUGGUAUGGACCCACGUGAGCGUUUGGAUUCAUGUAACGUUCAUGUUCGCCUUCUGUAAACCUCCAGAUUCCGGCUGUGGAUAAUUUGUUAAAAGCUUUGCUCCACAUUUGUCUCAACUUUCUUGUUUUCUGGAGUAAAUCUGUUUGCGUCAGAGGAAA